UGGUAUGAUCCACGGAUUCUAUGGCGACCAAACAAAUAUGGCGGACGUAGAACAGGCAUCUGUUGAUGAGGGAGGGGGGAGCAUUGGACCAGGGAUCAGUGUCAUGAGUCUGAGCGACCUGCCCGAGGAACUGAAACCUCUGGAGGGAGACCCUUACAGUGAAGAUGAGACGGAACUGAGAGCCCUGUUGUCCAAACCGACAUGUUUCAUCGUGAUUGGGAAGCCGGGGUCCGGCAGAACUAUGCUGGCACAGAAACUAGCCAUGACAUGGAAGGCACAGCUGGUCAAUCCCACGGACAUCAUCAAUCAGAACAUAGAACUGCAGACAGAGAUGGGGAUAAAGUGCCAAGAAAUCCUGCUGCGAGGAGAGGCCAUCCCAGAGGAGAUGGUGGCUAAGAUGGUUCAGGAUAAAAUCAACUCUUCUGAGGUCACACAUCACGGCUAUGUGCUGGACGGGUUCCCCUGUAUGGAUGAGAGCUACAUGAACAUCCCAGAGCAGCUCGAGCUGGUCAAGAACUGGAAACUAAAACCUGACUUCAUCGUCAACCUCAAAAUUCCCGACAAGGACCUGGAGAGACGGAGACUGGGACAGAGAGUGGACCCCCUUACUAACGAACUCUACCCAGAGGACAUCUGGAACCCAGAGAAGCCAGAACCCAAGGCACAGAAGGGGGAGGGUGAGGAGGAGGAGGAGGAAGAGGAAGAAGAGGAGGAAGAAGGGGAGGGAGAAGAGGGGGAUGAAGGGAUGCCCCCAGAGCUGGACCCAGAGAUUCUGGCCCGACUGGUGAAGAGAGUAGAAGACCUGCCAGAGUACAUCACACACAACAUUCAGGAGUACAAGGACAACAUGCUCAGGACACUAGAGGACUACAUGGCAGACCAUGACCAGCAGUACCUGAUCGAGCUGGACGCCAACAGCAACCAUCGCCUCCUCUUCUCCCAGCUCAUGACCAAACUGGACACAUUCAUCCUGCGCCGUGCCGCUGUGCCCAUCAGACUCCACGACCAGGAGGAGGAGGAGCUCCCAGAGGACAUGGAGACAGAGGAGCUGCUCCGGACGCUCGCGAGUAAGGAGACCGUCGCGCCACGAUUCCGCUGGAGACGUAGCCGUUGGUUACGGGUGUGUCCCGUCGCCAUGUCGGAGGGAAACCUGGUCCAGGGGAAACCAGAAUUCGCUGUCAGUUUCCUGGACAAGAUCUACGUGCUGUCUUCACCAGAGGCCAUGGAGAAGUUCUUGAAGAACCCCCGGCCCUACUUACUACCCCCCCUGCCCAGGCCCCCCUGUAAGCUAGUGGUGACUGGACCUCCCACCUCGGGCAAGACUUCCCUGUGUCACCUACUGGCUCAGAAGUACAAUGCUGUGGUGUUGAGCAUGCAGGAGCUGAUCAAGCCUCGUAUAGAGAUGGAGAAGGAGAAGAUGGUCCAGAAGGUUCGGGAGGAGACUUUGGAGUCCUCCAUCAACCUGGUGAAGAUGAGGCUGGAGCAGGAGGCUGCGGAGAAGGAGGAUACUGUGUCCGAAAAGGGAGAUGUUGCAGAGACAGACGAACCCACAGAGGAGGCUGCUAAGGACUCAGAAGGGGAGGGCGGCGAGGAAGAGGCCUUGCAUGCUUUAGGAGAGGAAAAACCUGCAGAAGAACAAGAGGAGAAAACUGAGGAGGGAGAGAAGGAAGAAGGAGAGAAAGAAGGAGAGAAAGAGGAUCAGGAGGGGGAGGGAGACCAACCAGCGGAAGAGCCAAUGGAAGAGACCACCGAGAGCAAAGAAGAGCCACCACCAAAACCUGAGCCCAUCGUUGUUGAUGCUAACCACCCUGAGGUGCAGAAGAUGGUGGAAGAUGCAGUGAAGGAGGCGGAGAAGCAGACCAUCACCAUCCCGCCUGAUGUGUAUGUGGAAGUCAUGGAGGAGAAGAUCAAGGAAGUGGAGAAUAACCUCCGCAUGAAGAACCCAGAGGGGCCCUUCUUUGGUGGGUGGAUCCUGGACAACUUCCCAAACAACCGUGACCAAUGGGCGGCCAUGGUGGACAAGAACAUCUGCCCUGACGACGUCGUCUGUCUGCGGGACGGCAGCGAGAACGGCGCGUACCUGCUGAAGCGCUGGUACAAGGUCAACCAGGAGGAGGUCGACGAGAAGGUCAGAGCCAGGAGGGUGGAAGAGGCGGCAGCAGAGGCGAAGGCUGCCGAGGAGGCCAGACUGGAGGAAGAACGUGCCAGGAAGGAAGAAGAGGAACGAGAGAGACAGGCAGCGGAGGAGGAAAGACGCAGGAAGAUCGAGGCGGGAGAACUCAGCGAUGUUCCACCGGAACCCACCCCACCACCAGUGUCCCCAGUACCCCCCGAGGGCCCUGAGGUUGAACAGUGGCGCCAGGAGAGGGGGGACUUCGAGCGGGAGUGGGCCUCGCUGAAGGCUGUGAUCUCAGGAACCUCCUCGCUAUCGCCCAUCGACAUAGAGGUGGAGGGGAAGACUGAGGAUAAACAGCUGGAGGAUGCCAUCCACAGGAUAGAGAUGACGUACCAGUACAGAGGAUGGGAGUACACAGGGAUGGACAUGGAUGAGGAUGAGGAGGAUGCUGCAGGAGGGGAGGAGGAGGAGGAAGAGGAAGGGGAGGAAGAGGAGGAUGAUGAGAUCCGUAAGAGCAAGCGGAAAAUGUUUGGCGACACGAAGCACUACGACCCUGUGGCCCUGAAGCAGAAGUUUGUGCUGUGGCCUGGGCUGGCCGAGCUGGCAGCCAGGUACAGGGAGAGGACGUACUACUUCGCUAACCCUGAGAACAGGGAGACCUUCCUGGAGGCACCUACAGACUUCCUGUCCAAGAACGGACCACUUAAGCCCCCACCCCUGAGACUUGUGAUGCUCGGAGCCCGGGGGGCGGGGAAGUCCCUCCACUCCCGCGAGCUGGCCAAGAACCUCGGCAUCUUCCACAUCUCCUUUAAGGAACGGCUGCUGGAGCUGAUCAUCGCCAAGACACGGAAGAAGAUCGGGCCGUCCUAUCCUGAGGACGAGGAGGAGCCAGAAUUCAGUCCAGAGGAGAUUGCUGCAAUGGCCGCCAUCACAGGACCGGACGGUCAGCCGGUCACCAGCACCGGACUGACCGACUCAGCUGCAACGGAACCAUCUGAAGCUGAGGAAUCGGCCACAGAGGACAAAGAAGGAGAGGAAGGGCAGAAAGAGGGGGAGACUGAGGAGGAGAUACCGCUGACAGAGGAUGAGGAGGCCAUCAAGAACAACCUGGAGUCAGAAGAUGCACUCCCGCCCGACGUCUUAGACAAGAUCGUACCGGAGUGGUGGAACAAGGAGCCUUUCAAGUCCACAGGUUUUGUCCUGGAGGGUUUCCCGCGAACCCCAGACGAGGCGCGGUACAUGUCGGAGCAGGGACUGUUCCCGGACGGAGCCGUGCUGCUAUUGGUCGAGGACACUGACAUCAUUGACAGGCUGCUGCCUCCGCGCCUCGCCAAGUGGCGCAUCAACAGGAACAGGAGGAUCGGCAAGAAGGAGAGGGCCAAGGCCAAGAAGAAGAAAGAGAGGGACGACCUGAUUGCUAAGAGGAGAACCGACCUGGAGGCUGAGAAGGCAAAGCUGAAGGAAGAGCGCAGACUGGAGAGGGAGGCGCAGAGACAGGCGGCCAGAGAGAGCGGUGCUGAGGAGUCUGGAGCAGAGGAGGAGGAGGAGGAGGAAGAAGAGGAGGAAGAUGAAGAUGACUUCAACAUAGAUGAGAAACUGGCAGAGGAGUUCGAGGAAGAGGAGGAAGAAGAAGAGGAGGAGGAGGAAGAGGAGCAGGAUGCUGUGGACAGGAUGAAGAACGAGCUCAGCGAACAGUUUGAUGAUGACAACACCAAGAUGGCAUCAGUUCAGGAAACCCUAGAGGAGAUUUUCGUCCCCCGUAUGGAGCUCCAGGCCACUAAGAAGCCCCACAUUGUCCGCUACACCCUCUACAACAAGCUCAAGCCCCUCAUCGACUUCAGAGACAGCAUGUUCGAGCGUGUCUACCCGCUUAGCGAGAAGCUGGCCAGGAAGAUGCUGGAUGUCGGGUACAAGCAGCCAUCUUGUUUCGGCAUGUGGGAUCCCGUCAAGAUGUUGGAGGAUGGAGAUGUGAUCCAGCCGCUGCAGGGCCCCAACAACCCGACCUUCCCCGUCAUGUACCGCCAGCACAUCUACUUCUUCUGCUCCAUCCCCACACGCGAGAAGUUCAUCAGGCACCCGCUCAUGUACAUCAGACAGCCCCCUGCCAUGCCUGUGGUCCCCAUCAGGAUGGCAAUCAUCGGGCCGCCCAAGUCUGGGAAAACUGCAUUGGCAAACCGGUUUGUGCAAGAGUUUGGCGUGAUGCGGAUCUCGAUUGGUGAGGCCAUCAGGAAUGUGCUGACCAAUCAGAAGAAGUCAGACCUGGCCAAGCUGAUCAACGUACAGCUACGGAAGGGCCUGACUGUUCCCGAUGAGCUGGCUGUACAGGCACUGGAGGUGUCCCUUAUGGACAUGGUGCCACAGACUAGAGGAUAUGUGCUGGACGGUUUCCCGGUGACGAAGCGACAGGUUGACCUGAUGACCCAGCGCGCGAUCAUUCCCGUCGUCGUGCUCGAGCUGCAGGUGUCUGGCAAGGAGGUCAUCGUGCGAGCCGGCAAGGACAGGUCAUCGCCAAACAGAACCCUGCCCCUGCACGACAGCCCCCAGAUCAUGGCGAUAAAGCUUGCAGCCUGGCAGGAGCAGGUGGGAGGGGUGCGGAAGUGGUACCAGAGCGAGCACCGCAACUGGCUGGGCGUCGACGGCGAGCGCUCCAAGUGGUGGGUCUGGAACACGGCGAAGACUGAGUCCCAGAAGAGCGUGCAGCAAAUACAGACUUACCUGAAGAGCGUCGGGCAAGGGAAGGCAGCGUCGAUCGCGGACAUGUGCGUAACUCCCUCCGAGUGUAAGGCUCGUUUGGGAGACUUCGGCGAAUACUGUCCCGUCAGCCUGGCGAUAACAGGAGAACUGGUGGACUGUUCCACCAACCCUUCUCUGGAGUUCACAGCAGAGUUCAGGGGACACUACUACAAGAUGGCUGGUAAGACAGAGCUUGAGAAGUUCCUGGCCAACCCUGAGCAGUUCACCCCUCCGCUGGCGCCACGGAAACUGCCGCCGCCCGAACUGCUGCCCCAGCGCAGAACGUCCGACGAGGUGCGGCUCAUGUUCCCCAAGCAGAUCGAGUUACAGGGCUACUGUCCCGUCACCUUCCUCGAUGGGAAACUCAGAUACGAGGCGAUUGUACCCAGGGAACAAUGGAGCAUUGUGGUAGAGUACAAGAGUAAGCUGUAUGUGUUUGAGACUGAAGAGAAGCUACAGAAGUUCAUGAGGUGA